AUGCAAAAGAAGAAACAAACUGGUGAUCAAAAGGUUGCUCAAACUCAAGUUAAGAAAGUGUGGGUUCCUAAGACUAUCACUGCUGAGACUAAAGCUUCUGAAUCUGUUAAGGUUACCCCAAAAUCUCAAAUCCAGAAACCAGAAGAAUGGCAAGUUCCUGGAAAAAAAUCAAAGAAGAAAGCUAACAGGCAGAUUUCUUUCCCUGUCUCAAGCUCAAACACUUAUCUCCCUUUGAUUGAUGAUAGUGAUGAUGUAGUUGAUAUUGUGGAUGAAACUGAUGAUCCUAACGGGGGUGAUGGUAGAAUUUGGGUGGGGUGGAAGGCUGAGUGUCUCACUUUGGAUGUUCUUCUUUCUACUGAGCAAUUUAUCCACUACUUACUCAGCACUAAGGAUCUGCAGACUCAAAUUAUGAUUACUUUUGUUAAAUGGGGCUGUUGUUCUGAGUAUGAGACUAGAGACUUUCAGCAAUGUAUUGAUGACCUGGAUCUUGUUGAGAUCAAGAUCAAGGGUUCUUUUUUCUCUUGGUGUAACAAAGCUCAUGUGGGUCCUAGAACCUUUUCCAAGAUUGAUAGAGGUUUUGUUAAUCAAGAAUGGAUUAACUGUUAUGGUCAUGUUGAAGCUAUGUACUUACCCCCCUUUCUUUCUGAUCAUAACCCUAUUGUCUAUGAGAUUUUUCAUGUGGUACCUGGGAAAGGGAGACCUUUCAGGUUUCUCAACUGUCUGACUGAACAUGGCAGUUUUUUUACUAUUAUGGAAACUGCUUGGCAAAACUCUGGCUCUGAAAAUCCUAUGAAUGACAUUUGGUAUAAGCUCAAGCAUGUUAAGACUACUCUCAAAUCUCUGAACACUCAGAAAUUUGGGGACAUUAAUGCUAAACUUGAUUCUGCCCAAAACCAUUUCAAUGAUAUCCAGAAGCAAAUCUCUAGUGAUGUCACUAAUACUGAUUUGUGUAUUUUGGAGAUGGAAGCUAUUGCAACUGUAAAGCAUUGGCUUGGCAUUUAG